AAUAAAUUAGGAAUGCAAUAAAAGAGAAAUAAGGAAUAGUUGAGAUAUGAGUUGUAAUAGUAAUUAUUUCCAAAGAUGUAAAAGAAGAUAGAAUAUUCAAAAGUGAAACCAAAAAGGUAUUUAUUGAACUUUAAUAAAAAUAAGGGCAAUAAGAAUUGAAGAUAACAAUAAUAGAGUUAUUAAAGCAUCUCUUUAAAUUGAACCUAUUGAGUUUAAUUUUUAAACAAAAUAUAGAUUAGGAGAGAGAAUAGGAUAAGGUGCUCAUGGAUUAGUGAAAUAAGCUAUAAAAGAAGAUACAGGAGAGAUUGUGGCAGUCAAGAUUUCUAGUAGUGGAGAUCCUGAAUUAGUUAAAACAUUUACUGAAGCAUACAAAAAUACAAGAAUGUUAGAUCAUUAAUACAUAAUUAAAGUUUAUGAAUGUUUUAUUGAUGAAUAAUCAGAAACUCUAUUUUUAGUAAUGGAAUAUUCAAAUCUACGUUCAUUAGAAGAAGUAUUACGCAAUUCUAAAUUAACGUAUUUGUAUAUACGUCAAUUAGAGAAGAAUAAACCAAGAUUUUAAUUAGAAACUUUCUGUUUGCAUUGUAACAUAUUCAUGAAAGAGGAGUUGCACAUAGAGAUCUCAAACCAGAUAAUAUAUUAAUUGAUUAAAAUUCAUUAGCUAUUAAAAUUAUAGAUUUUGGAGUUAGUAGAAGAUUUAAAAAAUAUAAUGGUAGAGAAUUCAUUGAUGUGGAUAUGUGGACAAGAACUGGGAAUAUAUAUUAUACAGCUCCUGAAAUUCUUAUUGGAGGUGGUUACAAUGAAAAAGUAGAUCUUUGGUCUUUAGGUGUAUGCUUAUAUCGUAUAUUGUCUGGAAGCUUUCCUUUCUUUAAGGAUACUGUCUUAGGAACAACUAAAAUGAUUUUAAAAGGAAAAUUUAAAAUGCAUGAUAGCAUUUCAAUAUUACCUUGUGAUUUCAUUAAGAGACUUCUUAAUCCUAAUCCCUAUAAAAGAUUAUCUGCCAAAUGUAUUUUUAGAGAUUCACUUCUUAGUGGCCUUGCAGCAUCCUUGGUUGUAUCAUCAACAAAUUGAUCCACUCUUUUUAAAUCAUCAAACUAAUUAUAGAACUAGUGAUGAUAUUAAGGACUUUAAUUAAAAUGAAAACAAAAAUUCUUAUUAUAGUAGAAAUUUACAUAUGAGAAGUAACACAUUGACUAAAAGUCCUAUUACUCUACAUGAUCGCCAUAUUUCACCUAAAUCACCACUUGAAAUCUUAUAAAAGGAUAUUGAUGGUGAAAUCUAACAAUCGCCUUUAAUUAAAUUGAAAAAAAUUCAAAAUUAAACAAACAAAGAGAUCAAUAUUAUAAAAAGAAAUAAUUAAUAUGAUUAAGGCUUUUUUAGAUUUUAGAUGAUCAAUAAAAAUGGAAAUUGA